AUGCUGCACCUGAACAGCUCGUGCAUUUCGGACAUUGAGCACAUCGAGCUAGCGCUGAAGAGGAAGGAUUACGAAGGGAUAAAGACAAGUGCAGAGAUAAAAGGCGUGUUCGAAAAUCUGGGGGAAGCAUUCAAAACGUUUAGCGACUCUCUGAAGCGAAUUCACUCUGAUGGAAACGCCAUCAUUGCGAAUAUAAAGAAGAGACACAGGGAGGAGGGCGCCUCUGAUCGGGUCUACUUCGCCGACUGCUUUGUCAACGUCGUUACCCUUGUGCAUAAUUUGUACGAAGAGAACUUAUCCAUCAGCGAGAAGAUAAAGAAGGACAUAGUCCUCGAAUUGGAAAAGGAAGAAGCAGAAAGGGUCCAAGAUAUCGGUUCGAUUUAUGAAGAGGAGGACGAAGGAGCGACUACGCAGAAUGGAAGUCGAGGUGGAAAUGCUCAGGGGGGGGGACUCCCCACUGGGGAGAGAUGGGAAUGCCAAACAGGUAAUGCCAACCCACUUGACCGAGGCAGUGCCACCCCUCUUGACCAAGCCAACCAUGUGAGCAAUGCAGAAGGAUCACAUAAGGAGGACUGCACCCACAACGAUGAAAUCCUCGUAGACGGAAUUCCCCUCAGACAAAUCGAAAUAGAUUUGAAGAGGUGCCUAGAAAAUGAACACUUCGCAAAAGAGUACCUGAACAGCGAAAAAUAUAAAAAGCUAUUUUCAGAGAUGGACAAACUUAACGUCAAAUUGGACAAAGAAAUUGACGCCUUUAAAGAAAUCCUCGACAAGUUUGGGAAAAAUGCUAACAAGCUGCUAAUCAAUAAAUCGAAGGAAAGAAUAAAUUCCAUUCAAAUUAGGAAGAAGGAACUUUUAGAAAUUCUAUAUGAUAAUAUAAAGGAGCUCCGACAUAAUAAACGGAGCAUGCGCUGCAGCAUUAAGGACUUGGAGCAGUACGUGCAGGAUAACGACUGCAGGAGGAAGAAGUGGCAGGACAGGGAGAGAGGCUGCGGGGAAACGGGAAGGCAGAACCAAAAUGGGGAUGCCGCCGCAAAAGAGGAAGCCUCCCCACACAAACUAGGAGGUCAGGAACAGAAAAAAAAACCGCUGAAAAGACUCAACCUUGAAAAAUUCGAAAUAAGGGAAAAACACAGAAUCGAAAAAAUAUACACCAGCGUAAGGGGGUUCAUAAAAAUCCUCGCAGUGGAGCAUAUCCACAUGAACAGCGUGCUCUACAAAGGGGCGUGCGAAAUUAGUUCGUACGACUCCCUCAUCGACUAUCAAAUGUGGCUCAGCGUUGUCCUAAGGAAGGACGUCAACAUAGCAGAUCUGCAACAGAAGAUCCCAAAAAAUGAUGUGCUCACUGAGGAGGAGCAAUUUAGGCUAAUGCCACAUCGGGGUGAUUCCCCUCCUGGGGGUGCGCAGCACUCAUCUGAGAAGAAGAGAAAAACGAAGGAGCAGAAUUUUCGGAGCGGGGAAUUGAUUUGCAGUGAGGAGAGCUCACCAGGGGGUGGAGCGGAAAGGCAGAAGCAGGAAGAGUUGCAAUGUGGAGGCGAAGCGGAAAGGCAGAAGCAGGAAGAGUUGCAAUGUGGAGGCGAAGCGGAAAGGCAGAAGCAGGAAGAGUUGCAAUGUGGAGGCGAAGCGGAAAGGCAGAAGCACGCAAACCUGCAACGUGGAGGCGAAGCGGAAAGGGAGCGGGUCGAACACGCGCCGCUUGCAGACCGAGCUGCUCCUCCAAGGGAUGGUCAAUUCCCCGAACAAUUCUACAUCCCAGUGGUAAUAGAGAGGAGUACCUACAGAUCGGAGGACGACAGCACGGCGAGUGGGAGGGAAGCCAUGGGGGCUAGAAAGACGCGAGACGCACAAGUGAACCCAUUCCUAGGCGAAAACAACGAUGAAGCGUGCCUAACCGGUAUGCCCCCCCCAAGGGAGGAAAAGGACAUUUUCUCCUUCCUAACAAACAGGCAAAAACAAUGCGAAAAAUAUAUUUUACAGUUUAACAACGUAGACGUUCUAUCGACCAUGCUGAGUAGGAGCAGUAGGAACAAACGAAGGUGGUAUGACCAGGAUUUCUUUCAAAGCUAUUUCUUCGAAGAGGGACAUCCCUUUUACCCAUUUAGAAUACCACCCAGUAUUAACCAUUUCUCUACGUUUGAAAAGGGGUGCGUAGCUGCCUCUUCACCAAGGGUUCCCCUCUUUGAGGAGGAGGAAAUGAGCGAACACGAUUACAAACUGAUGGCAUACGAAUCGCUUCUCCUAGUGUAUUACUCCCUGUCGACCCAACUCAAUGGCUACUUCCUGUUUGACGUCUCCAAAAGGGACAAGCUGAACAAGGAGGUGUAUAAUGAAUUCUACCAACGGUGUUACCCCCUGUUGGAGGCAAUCCAGGGGGGGAACAAGCAAACUGGUACCCAUGGGGAAGCGGCGAAGGAGGAAGCGCAAAAAUUUGCACCGCCUAGCAGUAGCAGAGGAAGCACACUGGACGGCCACUUCGCAUACGUAAAUCAUAUUUACAAUGUGAAGCUGCAAAAUCUACUGCUAGUAAAAAGAAUCACGAGCAUUUUUAGAAUAAAGCUGAACCUAAAUUCUAGGGCUAACGAUCUGAUCACCUUGCUUACUAUCCCAUCACAUUACACAAAUUGGGGCCACACGUACUCCUUCCACGUGUUAGAUGUGCGCUUCAGAAUAAUACGCAUAAUGGACAGUCUAAACUUCAACCAUGUAUUUCACGAUGACGGGGAGGAGAAGAGAAAAAGAAGGGACCCCACAAGGGAGGCACAGCACAACGAGGAAAGAACCAUCUACACAUCAUGGCUCAGAAGGCAGCUGCAACUUCUACACAUCUCCGUUUACGGCAAAUUUUACACAUUCGUUAAGUUCAUUCCGUACUUUGACCCCCACUCGGGGAGUUACUUAAAAGAAGUGAUAAAUCGAUUCGAAAAGGAUGGAGAAUAUUUUAGCUACCUGAGUAGGGGGGCAGGCGACAGCCCCUUCGUCUCCUACCUGCGGAAGGUGCAGCAGAGGAUAGAGCAGCUUCACUGGUAUGUGUUGCACCAAAGGGGGGUGGCAACCCCAGCGCAGUCGCAGGAGGGGAACCCACGGCAGGGAAAAACGGAUGGCGGCAAAACGGGUGGAAGCAAAACUGACGAAAGCGAGUGCAAAACUGAACGGCCGCACUUCGUCACCUUCAAGUCGCUGCGAACAGACGAGCAAAUCAUCUUCCUGUGCAACCUGCUUCUGAAAAAUUUGAUAAAGUCCUUUCGGCUAAUUUAUUUGCUGAAGUCCCUUGUGAGGGAGGGCAAGUGGAACACAGGGGCCUGCGACGAGAAAAAAAAACUCGCCAACUUGGUUAAGUACUUAACCAAAAUAGAGUAUUACGAUUACGAGGUGAGGAAGAUUGUCUUAUGCCACUCUGAGGGGGGCCACGAUGAUCAUCCGUACCAGGACCAAUUGGAGAGCAAGCACCCAAGGCGCGAAUCAGAUGGAGAGCCCAAAGGGGGGGAUUCCCCCACGUGCGAUGGGAAAAAUGUAGACCACGACGAGUUAUAUAGGGUCAUUUUCAUGAAGGAGUUCUCGAAGAUGGCGCGAACGGGGCAGACUCGUGCCACCCAGUGUAGUCCCUCCAUGCAGAGCAGCCGCGCCGCCCAUAGCAGUCGCUCCAUCGAGAGGAUAACCCCCACGAAGGAGGCAAAACUCACCCGGAGAGAAAAAAAAAUAAGAGGCAAAAUAUUUUACAAGCUGAACGUCGAAACGGUUCUCUGUUCCAGCUGGUUUGUUGACCGGUCGCUGCUCCACUUCUUCCUCUUUUACUACAUUUCCUGCGUGAUUGGCACCGGGGAAAAGACCAACAUGUAUGCAGACAUGCCCUACCUCAUGCAGGGGAUCAUGCUGGUGGUAUAUUACCUCCAAGCCGGCAACGAUUUGGCACUCAAGGGGAAGACAAAGGGGUUCAACGAAGGAGUAGAACCCACGCCCAUCCCCAUUUCCACCUUCAUCCUGUAUCUGGGAAUUCAUUUGUUUUAUUUUUUUUUCGACAAAAAUUUGUUAACAGUAUGUCCAAAUGAAGAGGAUGGGAGAGUGAAACUUUUUUUGAGGACCAAGUUGCAGCCCCUUAACGAUGAGAAGGAAUCGAAAGAGAGUCAGCUGGAGAGCUACUUCGCUGCGGUGGCCCCUCAGCCGAGGAAGAGCCAAAUUAUUUCCGUGCAAAAUGCUAGUCAGUUUUACUCUGUUGUAAAGAAUUUUGAGUCCAUUUUGUUCUACAGAACGGUUAGCGAAAUGGACGUGGGGGGUGGAGAAAGGGGGGUACUCGGCGCACACACAGGUGAGGACAACUCAUAUGGGGGCAACUCAUAUGGCGAGGUAGAUGCCGACUUGGAUGCCGACCUGAAGGCAGCCAUGGCCGAGCUGUACGCAGACGAUUCGUCCGGCCAGGAGGCCCCAGAAGAGCCAAAACACGUGGCCAAAUCUCCCAAAAAGAAGUACCCCUUCUGCGCGACUGUUCCGAACGACUGGGACCAGUUAGAAGAUCCCGAUUCGCAAGAAAACCUGCUGGAGAAAAAAAAGGCUGAAAAGAAACACCAAAAUGAAUUGAUAUACCUGAAGCGCUACGUCAAUAUUUUGCUCCACUUUAAUUAUAACCAUUUGGAAAAUUUGGUCAGCCCGUACGUCCCCAACGUGCUCUCUCUAUAUGGGAAGGACGUAUUGUUCUCGAGGGAUCAUUUUUUUUUUGAUUGGCACAUGGAGAGUGGUGAUUGUAUGGAGGGGCACUCCGGGGGGGAAAAAGCCAGUAGGCAUGUCCCAUUUGGCGCACCUUUCGUUGGGGAAAGCAAAAGGGAGGACUCGCUUCAGAUAGGAUGUCGAGGUGAUCACCCCGGUGCAGACAAUAGGAUCGAUUCCAACGCCGCAAACUCCCUGCAUGAUAAACAAAGCCGCCGGGUGAGAACGGACGAAGGGGCUGAAACGGGCCCCAAAAGGGACGCUUCCACCAGAAGCACCCUCGUCAUCAGGUAUAAAACCCACCAAAAGGCACACGCCAAUUUCUCCCUAAUAAACCUCUCCAGAAUUGAAAAGGUGAUGCUGGACGUCCUCCUAAUGAGAAUGAUUAGUUGCGACUUCAGGGACCACUUCAUCCUCCUCCUUUGCAAUUACAGAAAAUUUAUUGACAUGUAUUCUCUCCCAUAUGUCUUAGACGUUUUUGUGAUGCUUCGCAGAUUCUUCACCAUCAAUGAUAACAGCUCGGGGGAGAAAUCAAAUCGACUUAAAUGUCUACGCGGGGUAGGUCCUAGCCGUACCCGCCAUCCGCACCAGAGGAGAAAAGAACGCAAUAGAGCCCUCUUUGAGCGUUAUUGCAACGUCGUUGUUGAGGAUUUGGACGAUGGAGGAUGCCUUUCUAGGGAGCGAAGCGAUGGCAGUUCCCACAUUUCUCCCCCCGAGGAGGUGAAAAAGGGGAGGAAACCAAAACGUACCUCUCGCAUAUAUGGCGCAAUACGCCCCGCGCAGGAACUGCCCAGCUUCUUCAAAUUUUUCAUCUUCAACACGGUGAAGAAUAUUUUCUUCAACAUUGUGUGUAUCGCCAGGGAGGACGCACAAUCGAGCGAGGUGCUAAAAGAGGGGGGAAGCGGUCACCCGGGGGGGGGAGAAGCGGUGCAGGGGUUAACCGGAGAUGUGACUACUGAAGGGGCAACACCCGGGGAGGUGACAACCGGCCCGUUUCUUUCCGCGAAGAGGAGUCCCCCAGCAGAGGACGCGAGUGAACGCAGCAGUGAUCGGGGAGGCGGCCCUGAUCCGCUAAGCCGUACCACCCCCGUCGACCAGGACCGCCUGACUAGCCAAUACGUAGACAUCAUAAACAAGUACAUCAACGAAGUCUUCGCGGAAAUUCUAUUCUUUUCGAACAUUUGGAAACAGUACCUCUCGCCGGAGGAGCACCCCCUGAUGGUGCUCUUUGCGGCCAACAGGACGCUCUACUACGAGGUUUCCAAGUUCAUAGGGAUGAACCAAAACGACAACGAGGUUUUCUUCAGCCAGGCCCUCUCCAUCGUCGCCUCUUUGUACAAUUUCAAUCUGCUUAUUAAAGAAAUUGUGAUGCAGACCGACACCUAUGAGAGGUACCAGUGCCUGGUGAAUGAGAAGCCGCUCGGUGGUGAGGUCACCCCUGGGGAGAAGGAACCCCCCACGGGAGGUACCGCCCCCGCGGCGGAAGAGUCACACCGAAGCGGCUCCCCGCGCAGGAAGAUGCAGAACGAAAUUGCCAAGUACUACGAGACGAGGCACUCGCUGAGGGGGGGCGGCGAGGAGGGGCCGCAGAAGGAGAAGCAAACGGGGGAAGCGCAACCGGGGGAGUCGCAACCGGGGGAGUCGCAACCGGGGGAGUCGCAACCGGGGGAGUCGCAACCGGGGGAGUCGCAACCGGGGGAGUCGCAACCGGGGCAGAACCAACCGGGCGACCUGCACAACCGGUUCAUCAACCUCUCCGUGAUCAUCUCCAACGCGAACGACCCCUGCAUGGUGAAGCUCAUGUUCAAGCUGGAGAAAAUCUUCAUCCAAAUGAUGGACCGAAAGUUGGAGCACAACAAAAAUCUGCUGUCCGUAUGUUUAGGAAAUGAAAAACUGGUUCCGCUGAAUAGCCCCGAAAUUAUGUACAACGCUACAUCUGUAGAUAUCUUCUCCAUCAUAUGGAGCAUUUUGGAUGUGCUCUUUGAGUACAAGUGCCCAGUCGAAUGGAUCAUCACUCCCUUUGUGCAAUUUUUAAAUGCUUUCAUAAGUGACUACUGCGAAAGUUAUAAGAAGAAAUACACGUCCUUUAUCAUAUCUGUGAUGAACCAGUUUGCGGAUAAGUACUUCCACGAGUUGCUGAACCUGACGGAGCAGCAGAAGAUCCAGUGGGAUAAAUUCUCCAAGGGUAAUCUCAGAAGGAGAAACAGGAAAGAAGCAAAUAGGGCGGAGGACGAUCCGUUUGGGGGGACCAUUUUUAAGAACGAGUUAGAUAUGCUUGACCAUGAAGAGGAAGAGGAACCAGACGACCCCCUCCUGUACAAUGAAAACAUCGAAAGCGAAUUUAACGACGUGAAUGAAAUUACCAAACGGAUUAAACAUAAGAAAAGGAAAAAAAACGUCCUCUACAAACUUUUUGAUUAUGAAGAGUUAGACGUAAAUGCGAUCAAAAAUAAAGUGGGAGGAUUGCUCGAAGAUAUUAAUGACAUAUCUGUGAAGGUCUCCCCUUUUCAGAGUAGUAGCCCAUCUAAGGCGGGAAGGGAGCCAAACCAGGGGGAGGCAAAACCCAGUGGAACCACCCACUUACCCCCCUCCAAUCAAGCGAAUGGUUGUCCCCCCCCCAGAGAGGAGAAAAAACCAGGUGCCUACAUGAGCGACGAUUUGGUAAACAUCUUAGACGAAAUUAAUCACCUCUUUAACAACUCAGAUAUGUCCUCCUCGAUGGUCAUCACGUGGAAUUUGUUUUUCUUUCAAGAGCAAGUGGCCCUCAUUCGGGAUAAAUUUGAAAAGUAUAUCCUCGACUACGUAUCUGCGAGGACACCAAAUGUGGGCAAACUCAAUCGCGUUUUUAAUAACCACGUAAGUCUUAAUAUAACCCUCCCCAUGUUACAGAAAAAUAUGUACACGAAAACCAUUUUAGAUAUCCUUAAUACAUCCAUAGGCAACAUAAGGGACACUCUAAAAAAUACACUCUACUUCAUCUUCAAAGUGCUGUCCAUCCGAAUUGUAUGUUACGAAUUCCAACGAGAACUCUUUUUCAAUCUGUAUGAGGAGCCUUUUCACCUGAACAAUGUACAAACCAUCGUGGACAUGUUCCCCAACACGGUGGAGAAAUUCAUUUUUCAAAUUCCCGAAUCCUUCCGCAAGAGCAUCCUCACCGUCUUCAUUGAGCUCUUCAUCAAAAUGUGGAUCCUCAUCAUCGUAGAGAAAGGCUUUUCAAACCACAUCUUCAACGACGAGGACAUCCACUUGAUGAAGCGGGACAACCAGUGCAUCCGCAGAUACAUGCAGCAGAAGGGCAUACACUUGAGCCAUUUCUUCCUCUCCAAAAAAUAUGACAUCACUGAAUACGUGGACACCUUUCUCGAUUCGCUCUACGCGGACCGCCACUUGUUUGUGCAAAUCGUCUCGGAGCAGAGGGAGCGCAGGCCCAGGAACAUCAUGUCUUCGGCCUACAGCAAGGGGAUGUGA